CGGACAGAAGGCAACCGCAGAGAACCCGAGGCCCCCACUACCCUCGCCUGUGUUGUCCCUUCUUGACUCCUCUGUACCCAACUCAUCUCUCUCUAAACUUUCUCUCUACACAAAACGACUCUCAGACCGUGACCACAGCGGAAGUCUCCACGAAGCUUCCCCAAACCCUCAUUUCAAAUCUCCGAAUUCACUUCCAAGAAACUCUCUCUUUCUCUCUCUUCAUCAAUAACACCUGCCUUGUCUCUCGUCCGCGCACUUUGUCUUCAGAAAUUCUUCUACAUGAAGCAUUCGCCCAGGUUUGUUGAGUGUGCAGAGGGUGAUUCUCCAUGUUUUACAUUGUCUCAUAACUAAACCAACACUAUGAACUACCGACAAGAGAAGUUUGUGAGGUUCCAGGAUUGGAGUUCAGAGAGAAGUAGUGAAGGGAAAAUUCCCAUAAACAAUGGAGUAAGAUCAGGGAAAAUCAGACUAGCAAUAAACUCAGUUUCAGGGAAGUUCCAGAGAGGUUUGGAAUGUGGUUCUGAACGGAUUAACAGCAUUAGAAGGUCAUUGAAAUCCUUUUCUUUCAGAAGAAAUCUGGAAAAGGGUUCCGGAAAGAAAAUUCUUGAUCCACAGGGGCCAUUCCUCCAAAAGUGGAAUAAGAUAUUCGUUCUAUCAUGCAUUAUUGCAGUCUCCCUAGAUCCUUUGUUCUUUUACAUCCCAGUGAUUGAUAAAUUAAAGAAAUGCCUUUCGUUGGACGAAUCAUUGCAGAUUACAGCCAGUGUUUUGCGUUCCUUCACCGAUAUCUUUUAUAUACUCCAUAUUAUUUUUCAAUUUCGAACUGGUUUUAUUGCUCCUUCUUCUCGAGUAUUUGGAAGAGGUGUUCUAGUAGAAGAUUCUUGGGCAAUAGCAAGGAGAUAUUUGUCCUCGUACUUCCUAAUCGACAUCCUCGCUGUUCUUCCCCUCCCACAGGUGGUAAUUUGGAUUAUCAUUCCCAAACUAGGAGGCUCAAAAUACAUGAAUACAAAGAGGCUGUUGAAAUUUGUUGUCUUCUUCCAAUACAUACCACGGGUGCUCCGAGUUCGUCCGUUAUACAAAGAAGUCACAAGAACUUCUGGCAUACUCACUGAAACUGCAUGGGCUGGAGCUGCAUUCAAUCUCUUUCUUUACAUGCUUGCGAGUCAUGUACUUGGAGCUUUUUGGUACUUGUUUGCUAUAGAUCGCGAAACUACAUGCUGGACAAAAGCUUGUGGAAAUGAUACUUCAUGCAUUGAUAGUUCUCUAUAUUGUAAAGGAACAGUGAAUACAACACUUUUUAACGCUUCAUGUCCUGUAAUAGAACCAAAUACAACGGUUUUUGAUUUUGGAAUAUUACUUGACGCCCUUCAGUCUGGUGUUGUGGAGUCAACAGAUUUUCCACAGAAGUUCUUUUACUGUUUUUGGUGGGGCCUGCAAAAUCUGAGUUCUCUUGGUCAAAACCUCAAAACAAGCACCUAUGUCUGGGAAAUUUGCUUUGCAGUGUUCAUUUCCAUCUCUGGCUUGGUUUUAUUUUCAUUUCUUAUUGGAAAUAUGCAGACAUAUCUGCAGUCCACAACCAUAAGAUUGGAGGAGAUGAGAGUGAAAAGGCGAGAUGCAGAACAGUGGAUGUCUCAUCGCCUGCUUCCUGAGAGUCUGAGGGAGCGAAUCAGAAGGUAUGAACAGUACAAGUGGCAAGAAACCAGAGGUGUUGACGAACAGAAUCUACUCAUUAAUCUUCCCAAGGACCUUAGAAGGGACAUAAAACGCCAUCUCUGCUUGGCUCUGCUCAGGAGAGUGCCAAUGUUCGAAAAGAUGGAUGAGCAACUGAUGGAUGCAAUGUGUGACCGUCUCAAGCCAGCACUGUACACAGAAGAUAGCUACAUCGUCCGGGAGGGGGACCCAGUCGAUGAGAUGCUCUUUGUCAUGCGAGGCAAGCUAUCCACCAUGACAACCAAUGGUGGAAGGACUGGCUUCUUGAACUCUGAUUAUCUGAAAGCCGGUGACUUCUGUGGAGAAGAACUUCUCACAUGGGCACUGGACCCCCACUCAACAUCAAACCUUCCCAUUUCAACCAGAACCGUCCUAGCCCUCUCCGAAGUUGAAGCCUUUGCUCUAAUGGCUGACGACCUGAAGUUUGUUGCCUCCCAAUUCCGAAGACUCCACAGCAAGCAGCUCCGCCACACCUUCAGGCUCUACUCCCACCAGUGGAGGACUUGGGCUGCCUGUUUCAUACAAGCCGCCUGGCGCCGCUACUGGAGGAAGAAGCUGGAAGAGUCCCUUCGGGAAGAGGAGGAUAGGUUGCAGGACGCAUUGGCCAAGGCAGGUGGGAGCUCACCUAGUCUAGGUGCCACCAUUUAUGCAUCCCGAUUCGCAGCCAAUGCUCUCCGUGCUUUGCGGCGUAACAAGACACGAAAAGCAAGGUUGCCAGAGAGAAUAUCACCGAUACUGCUUCAGAAACCGGCGGAGCCGGAUUUUACUGCUGAAGAUCAAUAGGUAGGUUAUAUAUUUCUGUUUGUGCUAGGUGAUGGUGUUAUGUAGAAUGUGGAAAAUGGUUAUAUAAGCAAAGCCAGAGAGUGUGUCAAGAGUGUCAACUGUAUGAGGUCGUUGUGUAUAUUAUGUUGUAUAUGGAUUUCCUUGAUUGUAUUUUUUUUUUCCUUUGAAUCAAUGAUCAUCAGAUUAGUGAUUUGAGAA